AUGGGGGAGGUCAUUCGUGAGAAGGUUCAAGAUGGAAUUACAGGAGAAACCAGGGACUUGCAAUACACGCAAUGCAAGAUUGUAGGCAAUGGUUCAUUUGGUGUAGUGUUUCAAACCAAGCUGUCUCCGUCAGGAGAAGAUGCCGCUAUCAAGCGGGUUUUACAAGACAAGAGAUUCAAGAACCGUGAACUCCAAAUAAUGCGAAUCGUCCGACACCCCAAUAUCGUCCAGCUCAAAGCCUUUUACUACUCCAACGGUGAAAGGAAAGAUGAAGUUUAUCUGAAUUUGGUCCAAGAAUUUGUUCCUGAAACCGUCUACCGAGCGUCUCGAUUUUUCAACAAGAUGAAGACUACCAUGCCCAUCCUGGAAGUUAAGCUGUAUACGUACCAACUCUUUAGAGCACUGGCAUACAUUCACUCCCAAGGAAUUUGCCACCGUGAUAUUAAGCCCCAGAAUCUUCUACUCGACCCUAACAGUGGUAUUCUUAAAUUGUGCGAUUUCGGUAGCGCCAAGAUCCUUGUCGAGAACGAGCCCAAUGUCUCGUAUAUCUGCUCUCGAUACUACCGUGCCCCCGAGCUCAUUUUUGGUGCCACCAACUACACGACCAAGAUUGAUGUUUGGUCAACUGGAUGCGUCAUGGCCGAGUUGAUGCUAGGCCAGCCAUUGUUUCCUGGCGAGUCUGGUAUUGACCAAUUAGUCGAAAUUAUCAAGGUCCUUGGCACGCCAACGCGAGAGCAAAUCCGUACCAUGAACCCCAACUAUAUGGAGCACAAGUUUCCUCAGAUCAAGCCUCACCCGUUCAAUAAGGUGUUCCGUAAGGCAGAUGCGAGUGCAAUUGACCUGAUUGCAAGAUUGCUCGAAUAUACGCCGACCGAGCGACAAUCAGCCAUUGACGCAAUGGUACACCCAUUCUUCGACGAGCUCCGGGAUCCAGGCACCAAGUUGCCUGACUCACGACAUGGCUCCGGUCAGCUCCGAGACCUGCCUGCUCUGUUCGACUUUACGCGACAUGAGCUGUCCAUUGCGCCGCACCUGAACGCACAGCUUGUUCCUGCUCACAUUAAACCGGUUUUGGCCUCACAAGGACUUGAUAUCGACAACUUCACGCCGAUGACGAAGCAGGAGAUGAUUGCCAAACUGGACUGA